UAAAUUAUAAUAUAAAAAUGUUUGUAGAUUAUUUCAAAUCAGUUCAGAAUUGUUUUAGAUUGACUUCUAACUUGUUGUCUCUGGUUACAACUGUACAAAACUGAUAAACAGCAAUGUUGUGGCCUGUUUUCUGCAAAUGAACCAGGAUGUGACAGUGAUUGUGACAUUUUUCCGACGGAGACAGAUUUAAAAAGUUAUUCUCUAAUGGCCUUAAAUGCUGUAAGGAACAUUAGUUUAAACAUUUUAAUACAAGGUAAAUGUUAAAAAAUGUUGAAUUUGUUCUUUUGCUACUGUAAACACACUUCUGUAAUAAUCUACGACAGAAAAUCACAAAAGUGAUGUCCUGUUUACAGACGUUACUGAGUGAGCAUACAGUCAGGAGGCAAAACGCCUUUAACUUAGCCUUAACUCUACUUUUUUUCUUAUAUGACUGUACUCAGAUGUGCAGAAAAGUAUUAAUACUGUGUUUGGAUCUGCAGUAAAGUAUUAAUGCUGUGAGAUAUUUCCCAGAAUACAUUUAAAAUCUACAGUAGUUUACUCUAGAACACUGUUGAGCAUACAAAGAAUGCUGUAAAACAACAAAAUUCAUUUCAGUGUAUUUUAAAAAGUCUUUGUUAUGCAGCUGAAAUGUUUGCUUUAUUUAAUCAAAUCAUUAGUACAAUGUCUUUAUACAAAUGACCAAAAUAUAUAUAUUCCUGUCCUCAACAUAACUGUUCUCAUAUGCUUUACAGUGAAUAAAUGCACCUAUAUUUCUCAUAUGGACUUCAGUUCUUAUAUUUUUCUGUAUUUCAUACUGAAAUGAAAGAUUAAUCUCCCAGACAUAAUUAAGGAUUUUGAUAUAUGAAACAAUUGAAUUCAAUCACUAUAAGAUACAAAGCUUUAGAAAUUCUGGCUUUUUAUGUACUUAAUCUCAGAUAAGUUCCAACUCAGAAUUAUAUAUACUGCCAUAUUUUGAAUUUACAAAUUCUGUGUUAGUGGUUAAUGAUUGUUUGAGGAGUUGUAUAAUGAGUUCAGGUGUAUUUAUUUAAUUAAUUAAUUAAAGUAAUAGUCCAAAUUGUCCUGACAGGCCAUGUGAAUGUUAUUGUAUUUUUUGUUUUCCAUGAUAUCUGAAUAUAUAUUUCACAGAAUUAUGUGCUUGCUGUGUUUGUACUGCAGCUGGUUUUUGCUGUAUGUAAAUUGUUCCUUUUUUUCUUUCUUUCCUGCAGAUUGUCUGGUUGUAUGGUGACAGAUGAAGGCUGUUCUUCUCUGGCUUCAGCUCUGAAAUCAAACCCCUCCCACCUGAGAGAACUGGAUCUGAGCUAUAAUCACCCAGGAGAGUCUGGAGUGAAGCUGCUCUCUGAUCUACUGGAGGAUCCACACUGCGCCCUGGAGAAACUACAGGUGAAUCAUGGAGGGAAGAUCAGGAUGAAACCAGGACUGAAGAAAUAUGCUGUUGAUCUCACUCUGGAUCCAAACACAGUGAACAGGUUUCUCUUACUGUCUGAGAGGAACAGAAAGGUGGAGAGUGUGAGAGGAGAUCAGUCGGUGAAUGGAGGGCGUUCGUAUACAGCUCAGUCGUAUCCAGAUCAUCCAGACAGAUUUGAUCACCGUCCUCAGGUUCUGAGUGUGGAGAGUCUGACUGGACGCUGUUACUGGGAGGUUCAGUGGAGCAGAGGAACUGUUAUAUCAGUAUCAUACAGAGGAAUCAGGAGGAAAGAAGACAGUGCUGACUGUAUGUUUGGAAACAAUAAUCAGUCCUGGAGUCUGGACUGGUUUCAUAAAGGUUACUCCGUCAGACACAAUGGACAGGACACUGACCUACCUGCCCCCUCCCCCCCCUCUAAAAGAGUAGGAGUGUAUCUGGACUGGGGGUCCGGCACUCUGUCCUUCUACACCAUCUCACCUAACACACACACACUGACCCACCUACACACACUCUACACCACAUUCACUGAGCCGCUCUACGCUGGAUUCUGGGUUGAUUCUGAUUCCUCAGUGAGACUGUGUGACACAGAAUAACCUCCACACAGAGUGGGUGUGUGUGAGACAGAGAGAGAGAGAGAGACAGAGAGCGAGGGACAUAGAUAGAGAGGGAGAGAGAGGGAGAGACAGAGACACAGAGAGAGAGAGAGAGAGAGAGAGAGAGAGAGGGACUGGAAAUCGCUAAACAGAAAAAAAAAAAGAUGAUAUAGCAAUUAGAGAUGGGGAUAAAUGGAGAAACCAUUUUGAAAAAUUGUACAGAACACCAUCGGUAAAUAUAGAGCAACAAAAAAUAUCUGGAAAAUUAAAAAUUCUUGAUAAAACAAUUAAGGAUUAUCAAAAUCCACUGGACUUCUCCAUCACAAUAGAAGAAUUAGAGGAAAAACUCAGAGGCCUCCAACCCAGAAAAGCCUGUGGUACAGAUGGCAUCUUAAAUGAAAUGCUAAAAAACACAGACCCUAAAUUCAAAUUGGCUAUUCUAAAACUUUUCAAUCUUAUUUUAAAUGUAGGCCAUUUCCCCACAGUCUGGAAUGAGGGGCUCAUCACCCCCAUAUUUAAAUCUGGAGACAAAUUUGACCCAAACAAUUACAGAGGGAUUUGCGUGAACAGUAACCUGGGAAAGGUCUUCUGCAGCAUCCUCAGCACUCGGAUAACGAACUUUCUAAAAGAACAUAAUGUUCUAAGCAAAAACCAAACUGGCUUCUUACCAAAUCAUCGAACAUCUGACCACAUUUUCACUCUUCACACACUAAUCGAUAAAUACGUAAACCAAAAUAAGGGCAAAAUCUUUGCGUGUUUCAUAGACUUUCAAAAAGCUUUUGACUCAAUCUGGCAUAAUGGACUAUUUUAUAAACUUAUUGAAAGUGGGGUGGGGGGGGGUGUAUGAUGUUAUUAAAUCAAUGUAUUCUCACAGUAAAUGUGCAGUGAAGAUUGGAACAAUCAGAACUGGGUUCUUUCCACAGUCGUGAGGAGUGAGACAGGGCUGCAGCCUGAGCCCCACCCUGUUUAACAUAUACAUGAACGAACUGGCUGAAAAACUCGACCAGUGUAGUGAAAUACCUGGCCUCUCUAUGGGAGACGCAACAAUUAAAUACCUCCUCUAUGCAGAUGACCUCGUCCUGCUGUCACCUACCAGAGAGGGGCUUCAACAACGUUUAGAAAUCUUGGACAACUUCUGUAAAAAUUGGGCUUUGAAAAUAAACCAUCAAAAAAACAAAAUAGUAAUUUUUCAAAAGAGGUCUAAAAAUGAAGAGAAUUAUAUUUACACAAUUGACAACACCAACAUCAAACAAUCUAAAACAUACACUUAUCUGGGCAUUACUAUUAGCUCCACAGGAGGUUUUGACUUGGCUGUGAAGGAACUCGGGCAAAAAGCGAGGAGAACUCUUUUCACUAUUAAAAAAUCAAUCAAAUUUGAAAUACCAAUCACAAUCUGGCUAAAAAUCUUCAAAUCAGUAACUGAACCAAUUGUACUAUAUGGCAGUGAGGUUUGGGGACCCCUGACAAAAAACAAUUUUACAAAUUGGGACAAACAUCCAAUUGAAGCCCUGCAAAAACAUCCUCCAUGUGCAGAGAAAAGCAUCCAAUACUGUGUGCAGGGCUGAAUUAGGACAGUAUCCACUCCUAUUAAACAUUCAGAAAAGAGCUCUAAACUUCUGGAAAUACAUAAAAUCCAGUGACCCCCAGUCACUCCACUAUAAAGCACUGGCUAGUCAGGAGCUGAACAUCGACAGGAGUCCCCUGAGCCAGGUGGUCC